AUGGCAUCCUCCACGUCCAUCAAUGUAUCAUCGUCAUCUUCAACCGCACAGCAGCCAAACGGUAUUUCGUUGAAAGAGCAACUCCAAAAUGCCCUGCCCUCGGGCUUCAAAUGCAAGACGCGAUACCUUCACUCCCCACCAAAGCCCUGCGAUCCGCUCUUCUCCGCCUUGCCAGGGUUGCAACAAGAGAAGACACGCCUCGCCAGCCACUUCUUGACUGUCAGUGUCGACGCUGCCAGUCUACCUCUUCAGUCUGGGAGCGGCGAUGUGAUCAGCUUCGCGAUCGAAGUGCUGGUCUUUACUACCAAGCGGCUGACCACCAUCUUCGUCAGCAAGGUCGAUUCGACCUCCUACAUCCCGCGGAUCAAACCGUCACCGAUCAAGACGACGGUGACGACCUUUUUGAGAUGGCUGGCAGAGAAGGAACGUCGGAAGCGGCCGGGGCGACAGAUUGUCAUUUCGCUGUUCGCGAGGGCUCAAGCGCAGUACCUCUUUCCAGGCUCCUCGGACGAUUCAGGAAAACAUGUUCUGGACGACCGACAAUUGAUAAAAUGGUGGGCUCGCGUUCUCGACCCCAUCAUUCCCGAAAAAGAAGAUGAUGAUGUGCAAUAUCAAGGCUAUCUGACUGUGCCCGGUUACGAAAAGGCUGAACUCCGAUCAUUCAUGCCGUCUUCCUCGUCCUCGACAGAGCAACCACGCUGGCUCCCCGGGAAUCCUCUUGUCGAACUGGGACGCACUCGCGGUGUUCCUGAACAUGCGCCGCCGAGAUGUCUCCUCCCUCGGUUUCCAGACGACCCCAAAGCACGUUUCAUCUCCGAUCUGGAUGACGAAAUUGGUGUCUCCCAGGAUUCUCAGAUAACAGCAAGCCCAUCGAAAGCUAAGAGCGCUCGGUGGAAGUCGGUCAUGAGUCUCGAGCAGUUCUGGGAGCAAAUGGAGUUUCGCCAAGAGUGUUCGUCGGGGAGAGUGGUUGGUUUCUUAUGGCUGGUCAUUUCACCUGCGAAAAGAAGAGGAGGCGAAGGAAAUCUCAAGGGAGCGCCACCGUCGAGUGGUGGUGUUGUCUUUCCAUCUGAUGAUACCAUCUCUGCUGCAGGCACUGGCAGUCCCAAGAAACGGAACGCCAAGCGCAGGCCACUCACAGGCCCCAUCAUUCCUCGCAUGCCCAGGAUCAAGUCUACCCAUUCGAGUUUAUUGAAUGUGCAAGCACAACUGGACGCACGAGCAGGCGAUGGCAUUGUUGUCAACGCGGAAGGCUACGACAAAGCCAUGUCCACGAUGCUCCAUCUCGAUUUUUCCAGCCUCGAUGCUGCAAUAUGGUCUACGACCAAGUUCAUCGCAGAUGUCAGAGGUAUCGCUGGGCUCAAUGGUGAUUUUGCAACCGAGGUCGUUGGGGCGGCGCAGGUUGCGACUGUCGCAGUGUCCUCCGUAGAAGCUUCCACUUUGGGAGACAGCAGCGUCAAUGAUAUGAGUGGUUUGGUUCGUAAAAAGAGCAAAGCUGGAGAUGGCGCUGGCAAAUCGCAAGCCGAGCUGCCGACUGUGAAUGUGCUGAGUAGUGGCAUGGUCAGAAAGAAACCUAAGCCUGCAUAGCGUUGGAAACCUCGUGUAGGAUAUGCGAACCCAACGAUCAGGGCUCAUUGUAACUCCCAGUUUAGUGCUGCUCUUGUAGGAGUACUAGUAGUACUAGUGGUAUACUAGUGGAAGGGUACCUACCUUGGGUACAUGUAGCAAGGUACAUGUCAC